AUGGGGGGAAUCCGUCCUAUUGCGGUCGGGGCCAUUUGGCGUAGGCUGGUUUCCAAGAUAGCGAUGAGAAAGGUAGGGAAAGAGAUGGUUAGGUACCUGGGGGAUCAUCAAUUCGGGGUUGGGACACCAGAUGGGGCUGAAGCUAUCCUCCAUAGCGCGAACAGGUUCCUUAACGCCUUUCACGAUGAUGGGGCCUUCGCCAUGCUUACCGUUGACUUCUCCAAUACCUCCAACCUAGUGGAUCGCACAGCUCUUCUGCGGGAGGUUUGGAUUCGAUGCCCAUCUAUAUUUCCUUGGAUACAUUUUCAUUUUGUGCAAACCGCUAGGCUUAAUGUGGGUAAUGACUGUAUUGGGUCGUCCAUGGGGGUCCAGCAGGGGGAUCCUUUGGGACCUCUGUUGUUCGCCCUUGUCUUGCACCCCCUCACACAACGUAUACGAGACAGUUGCACCCUGCCCUUCCACGCGUGGUAUUUGGAUGAUGGUACUAUUAUGGGGAAAACAUCUGAGGUAGCAAAGGCUCUGGCUAUCAUUCAAUCUGAGGGGCCGCCUUUGGGGCUCCGGCUUAAUAUAAAAAAAACAGAGGUAUACUGGCCGUCUUGUAAUGGAGAAAAAUUGGAGGCUAGUUUAUUCCCGAAGGAGAUUGGAAGACCAACGGGGGGGGGGGGGGGCGUGAGACUCCUUGGGGGAGCUGUUAGCCGGGACCCUAGUUUCAUUAGUGCUUUGGCUGCGCGGCGAGCUUCCCGGGCAGUGGGCCUUAUGAGUAGUCUUUCGCAACUCCGAGACCCGCAAAGUGAGCUUCUCCUGCUGCGCUCUUGCAUGGGUGUCGCCAAGCUCCUUUUUGGACUGCGAACUUGUCAACCUGUGUUUGUAAAGGAGGCGGUAUCCUUAUUCGAUAAAGGGCUACGGGGGGCUAUAGAGGACAUUGUGGUGUGUGGGGGCCCGUUUUUUGGGGAUUUUCAGUGGCGGGUUGCUUCUCUGCCCUGUAAGAUGGGGGGGCUGAGGCUUAUAUCGGCCACGGAUGUCUCCAUUUACGGUUUUGUUGCCUCGCGAGCUCAAUCGUGGGGGCUGCAAGAUCACAUCUUACGCGAGAGUGGGGUUGUUGGGAUGGAUGGGGAUUAUGACAUGGCUCUGGGGGAGUUGCAUAGACACCUACCGGAUUUGGAUAUUGGUGGUUUCGCUAACAGGGACACCGCCCCACCGAAGACCCAGAAGACUUUGGCGAGUGCUCUGUUUUGUUGUAUCGCUCAGAAUAUUGAAUCAGAUUUCUGUACGACCCCUCGUCAGAACGCCGUCCUAGAAUGUUUGCGGGGCCCCCACGCCCAAGAUUUUCUAUCGGUCAUCCCCAUCGAUGGCUUAGGCCAAAAGAUGUCAGCCGUUGAAUACCGUGCUAUCUUAAAAUAUCGGCUCAUGAUUCCUAUGUUCCCUGAUGAUGAGCAAUGCCCGAUUUGCCGGAAAGCUUGCUUAGACCAAUUUGGGGAGCAUGCUCUGCACUGUAAAGAACUGCCAGGUUUUAAGUAUAGGCACGACUGGGUGCAGGAUGUCUUGGGGGACAUCCUCAAACGGGCGGGGAUCUCGGUCAAGAAAGAAGCCCCCGUAAACUUUUUGACAGACCCGAGGGAAGGAAGAUCCACAUUGCGCCCCGUGGACGUUUUAGUUUUCGGGUGGGAUGCAGGUAAACACGCGUGUGUCGAUCUUACCAGGGUUUCCCCCCUUGUAGGCUUACGGGAUACAGGUUUUGUCCCUGGUCAGGCAAUUGCAAAGGCGGCAGCAAAGAAAAUGGAGAAACAUGCAAAAGCCUGCGAGGAUAAUCAACAUUCCUUUAUCCCUUUUGCCUGUGAUACCUUUGGCUCGCUAGCCCUAGAAGCCAUCAGAUUUCUUGAACGGGUCCAACGGGUUGUUCACAGCAACAUUUCGUCUCCUAGAGAUCGGGGUUUCGUUUUUACUAGGUUAGGUUUCGCUAUUCAAAAAGGGGUAGCGGCGCAGCUUGUUGCCCGCUUACCGGCUAUUUUGGUGUAA